GGACAGUAGUGAAGGAGCAACAGGUAGGCGUGGUGCCUCAACCUGGCAUGGGCAUCUUGGGACAUCUAGUUCCUGGAUUACAGUAUGUGUGGCCUUGUUUGGUGGGGCAUCAUGCCCAGACAUGACUGGGGGUGUGUGCCCUUUCAAGCUGACGAAGGAGCUGUUCUACCACACGGUACUGACUGGGGUGAUCCUUCUGUUGGUGAUGACACAAGGUAUCUUACUUGAUGUCUACAUACUGAAUGAUGAUCAUACUGCCAUAGUUAACUACUUUUGGCUAAUACCAGACUUUCUAUUGAUAUUUGCUUUUGUUGCUGCAAUGUCAAGUGGCUAUAGGAGCUGCAAAUAUGAGAGAGCCUUAAAAGAAAACAUGAAGAAUGAUCUGGGUCGUGGUACAGGCAGAGUUCCAACCUUCACAAAGAUAUUUGGACAGCAUCCUUUGCCAUUUUUAGUCUGGAUGGCAUACUCUUGUCUGAUGGUUACCAAAGUUGGUAUUAUUUUUAAGUCUGAAAUACCCAAUAAAAUUAGUCCAGAUGAUGCUCUAAGCCCUCAAUUAUUACAAGUUAUACUAGCUUUAACAUGUGUAAUCUUUGCUGUUCUUGUUGAAGGUCAGACCAUUAAAGAACCCAACAGUGACCGUGGACGUUAUAUAAAGUCUCUCUCUCAUGGAACAUCUCUUGAAAUACUAGACUCUGUGACUUUUAUUUCCUUACUAAUCCAGUCAGAAAGUAACUUUGUGUUACCAGUGCACUUGGAAAAUGCAAUAAUAGCAUUUUCUUGUCUGAACUUUAUUUUUCCAGGUAUAGCUCUAAUUAAACUAAGCCGCAGUAAUUAUGGUCGAAGUGCUGUGUGCCUCUUCUCUUCCAUUGCAUAUAAACUGUGCCAUUUAUGGAUCAUUAAUUUUACUUACCUUGUGAUUCGAGUGUACCUCUGGGCAGGUAUAUCACUCUCGGUAUCUCCUUUUAUUGUUAAAAAUAUUUUCCUUUUAUUUUCAAAUAUGACAUCAGUUUGGGUAGAUAUAAAGCAAUUAAGAGCCGUCAUUGCCAACUAUUUUGAUAAGCGGAGACGUGUGUACAUUGAAGCAGAAGCAUCUGGUGGAGCCAGCCUUAAUGCUGGAAACAGUAGCAGUGAUUGGACAACAGUCAGUGAUAAAUUUGAGGAAAUUGAUCUGAAACACAAUGUAUAACUUAAUUCUUAAGACAUUUUCAAAUAGUGAAAACUGAAUGAGGAAGAUGUCCAAGGCCUUGUGCUUUGCCAGAUUGAACAGUUGAGUUUUGGGUCCAAUUUAUAAACUAGUAGUUAUACUUCUGUUAAUUGUUGAUACAUGUAUCUAGAAAUUUAAGAUAAUCGUGUGUUUUCUCAUUUAAAUAAUUUUAUGCAGAACAGAUAAUAACAAAAAUUUGAACGUUCUCCAUCUUGUAGUUAAUAUUUUGGAGUUUAUUUUUUAUCACUUUAGUGUUUACAGAAGUUGUGGCUCAUGUUUUGCUAUUUUCUACAGUAAUUCCAAAAUGGUGUGUAUUUUAUAACUUUUAAAAACUUAAAGCUACAACUGUCAUUCCAAAAAUAGUUUUUUCCUGGUCAUCUGCAAGAUUAUAUACCAUGUAGUAUUGCAACAUAAUGUGCAAUAGACCUUGUGGUAUUGCAACAUGAGGUGUGCAGGAUUAUAGACCAUGUAGUAUUGUAACAUGGUAUUCAAAAUUAUAGACUUUGUGCAACAUAAAAUGUGCAAAAUUAUAGGCCAAGUAAUGAUGUAACUGUUAUUAUCGUAAAUGAUUUAAUAUUGAUUAGGAUUUAUACCAAUAUAUUCAUGAAUCUCAUUUCUUAAAUUCAUAUUUCUAGCAAAACUGAUUAAAUUUGUGUUAUGGAUAAUUUUGUUAGAGUGGUGUUGCAGGUUGCAUCCUGGGGAAGGUCAGUAGUUCCACCUGAAAGCCCAAGUACAGGCUUACUGUCCCCAGGCAGCAGGAAUUAUAAAGUCUUCCAUUCCUUCAAAAUUCUCAUAUUGUCACACACAUGUAAUGGCUUGCCUUAUAUUUUUUAUAAUAUUUUUCAAAUCAAAUCAUAUAAUGGAAACUGUGCCUUUAACUCUAUAAACGUUUCCUCUCAGGAGUGUCUUUGUUAAUGCGUCUUUUUUAGUGCCUGAAGUAAUCUUAUGAAAGCUCUAAGAUCAGUUUAGUGCUUCAAAAAGCAUGAUAUACUUCAAUGGUAUUCUGUGAAAUGUUUAUUUUUGAGUCUCAAUAGAAUACUCAGUAUUAUUAGUGUAAUAUUUGACAUUGAAACUCAUUGAAUUAUAUUUUUUAUUAUACUUAGAUGUGAAAUAGUAGUUAAGGUUCUCUAGCAUUAAUAAGUACCCAAGAGGCAACUGUUGUUGGUUGCAUCUUGAGAAAGGUCAGUUGUGAGCCUAGGGCAGCGGUCUUUAACCUGGGGUAUGUGGUGUCCAGCUUGACAACCACUGGUCUAAGGUGACCAGACUUGGCUUAACUACUGUAUUGCGCCGGGUUUAUUGUGAAAUUCCCCGUGCGCAUGAAAUAAAAUGCGCACAGGGGGAAUGCGCAACAUUUAGAAUGGGUACAAAAAAAAUCUAAGAGUUUUCUCGGUUGGCGCAGUUUCCCACCGACCGAGAAUACUCGGUUGGCGCAGUUAAGUGGUUAACAGACUUCCUGUUCUCAACAAUGGGAAACCUAAAUGAACAAAAUUUUGGUGCUUGAAGAUGAAUUUUAACAAUAGUUUAGGUGUGUACUGUUUACACAAAGAUUAUAACAUACAGGUUUUGUAUAUUAAACAGUUUAUAAUUUUAUUAAAAUAUAUAUAGAGUACUGUGUAAAUACAGCACAAUAUACAUUUGAUAGUUUAUAUUGUCACUUCAGAUAAAUAUCUACUUAAAUCAUUAUACUGUUUGUGUAUUUUUUUCUAUGACACUGUUUCCAAAAAGCACCAGGAUUCCCUAGCUCUGAUUUACAUAGGCAUCUUGACCUUAAAUUAGUGAUAGAAUGCUAACACAUGAACUGUCAUGAUCUGCAAUAAAGAUCUCUCUAAUUUAUGACUUUUGUAAUUUUUUUACUUGAGACUACUACUACUGAAUAAAAAGUUUGUUCUGCAGUAGACCUAGACACUUUUGUCAAGUUUGGUGCAUAACUUGUUAAACAUGUACACUUUAGUUUAGAAAAAUUGCUUCUGUAUUUUAUGUAUUUCUAUACUUGUACAGUUAUCAAGUGGCAAAUUAAUUCAUCAAUAUUAAUGGUUAUUUACUUGAUGUUAUUGUACAGUAUUUGUUUUGGCCUACAUUAUCUUGAUUAGCUUCGAUUACUGUAUGCUAAUAAUAUACUGUACCGUCAUCUAUAGAACAAUACAUUGCAAUUUGUGAUUCACUCAUAUGUGUGUGUGUGUGUAAUCCAGGAACAGCCAUUCCCAGGUAUGGGUCUGGUUAUUAUCAUUAUUUCACUCCAUGCUUAGUAUUCUACAUAUCUACAGUACUAGAAUACCAGUCUUAGAUGAAUUAAUAUGGGCAAUCAAGAAUAGAUAAAAAUAUUGGUGAGUUAAUUUGUUUUAUAUACUAGAAGAAUGUAUAAAACAAUGAAAACAAAUAUGCACUAUGCACAUUAGUUUAGCUACUGUAUGCAUUAAAUAUCUUGCCUAUUUAUAAUGUAAUACAAUAUAUACUGUAUAAAGCAUAAGGAAUAUA